UUUGCCUCGGAAGUAUUGUGCCUGACACAUGCUCCGUCUGCUGCCUCUGCGCCGACCCCUGCCUCUUUUGUUAUGCUGAUUAAGGCAACAGGCACCGUCUUUUGUUCAAGUCAGAGGACGUGAGAGAGAAAGAGAACAAGCACGGAGGGAUGGUCACGCUCCCUGUGACCUAUACUCUUCUCUUCUUUAACGUCACAAGGCGCGCGCAACAAAAACGAGCCAACAUCGGCUGAGUUUCUCACAUCGCGACGCGAGCGAGCUGAGGUUGACACAACUCUUCCGUUCACAUGCACUGGACUUAUGCACGCUCGUUUAUGUAAUUUCUAACUGAAGGGAGUUCAAUGCAUAUUGCGAAAAAGCGAUUCAGCUGGUGGCUCUUAAACUGACUUGAAGGCGGGAUGCGCGAAAAGGGACGCAGAAGCAAUAAAUAGAAGCUGGCCGUCGUCGUCAUCAUGAAACUGAUGGGGGAAACGUAAAAACGGACUCUAAAGAGAACUUAAAACGGACUCUUCACGUAAGACAAGCACAAACACCGGGAAAAGGAGCUUCGCUGCCUCCAACACUCGCUGGUUUCAGAACUUGGACAGCUCCCUCGUUCAGCCGCCUACACAAAUCGACCGUGUGAGGAUUCAUCGAAACUACGGCACAGAACCGACUCGGUAUUCACCCCUAAAACAUCGCGACGCCAUGGCAGGUGCACUUCAGGGAGAGAAGCAGCUUUUUGAGAAGUUCUGGCAGGGCACGUUCAAAGCCGUGGCGAUGCCGAGACCCGAGAGCAUCAUCGUCGCCAGCAUCACCGCGCGGAGAGCCGUGACAAAAUUGGAGACAGCAGUUAGCCUUGCACCUAAAGACGAUGAGGAGAAAGUCAAAACGAAAGAUGCAGUUGCAAAAACUCAUGAGAAAAAUGGACACGUGAGGCGCAGAGGACGUAAACGCCACAGCCACCGUCGAGCUCGCAGUGUCUCUUUUGAUGCUGAUCUUUCCCCUCGGCCGGUGCCUAAAGCAAAGAAAAAGAAGAAGAAGUCACAGAGAAAGAGGAGGAGACACAGAUCUCCCUCCUGCAGUCCAUCACCUGUGAGGAAGAAGAAGAAAAAGAAGAGCUCAAAGAAAAGGAAGCGACAUAGGUCUGUCUCAAGGAAGGGACGACACAGCGGCUCGAAUCCCAGACGUAAAAGAAAGAAGGAUAAAAAGCAUAAAAAGAGGGCAAGGAGCCACUCUCAUCGCAGACACCGGCGCCGGAAAGCAGAAAUUAGGAAUUCUUCCUGCAUGGAAAACAGAUAUGAAGAUUGUGGAAAAUCUGGUUUGCAAGACGGUGGCCAUUCAUCAGCUGUCCAUGGAGGCAACGCAUGCAGGUCGGCAAUCAAGCUGACCAGUAAAAUCUCCUCUAAGUGCUGCUGCCACUUUUCUGAAAGCACCGUCUCACCAUCACGUCCUGGGGUUGAGGGUUUAAACAAAAUGGUGAUCGUCCAGGACUCGAUGUCCAAUAAGGGCAAAGGAAAUGCAGAUUACGAUUCGGGAAAUGACACGUCCUCUCCACCGUCAAGUAAAACGGGCAUCACAAAGUCAAAGGUGUCCGGAAACGGAAAGUUCUCAUGUCAGGAUCUGACAUCUCCUGAGAAGCUUAGGCUAGGCGACGGGGACAAUGCCUCAGAUUCAGGCAACUCUUUAACCAGCUAUGACUCUCUGGGUAAACCAGUGCUCAAAGAAAACACCCUUCACAGCUCUGUCUUCAACAAGCUCAGAGGUGAAGAAGCGGGCAGGUGCUCUGAUUUGGAGAAGACACAGCCCCUGGGUGUCGUCUCUGAUAGGAAUCGGAGUCCGUCUUAUGAUAGAUAUCAGGAUCGAGCGAGGUCCCGCAGCAGAAGCAUAUCAUCCCAAAGCAGAUACUCAGGGCGCUAUUCCAGAAGCCGAUCCCUGUCCUCGGGGAGGAGAUCAUAUUCCCGUUCAUCCAGCUAUUCACUGGAUUCUCGGAGAGACAGUCUGUCUAGUGCGAGCAGUCACCGCAGUUUAAAUCACUCACGGAGCACACUAGAGAGGUUUCGAGAGCGGAAAAGAGACUGCAGUUCCUGCAAGAGUAGAAAGCACAGCAGGAGAAGACCUUGCUCUCCAAUGAGGAAGAGAAGAAGAGAUUCCCCCAGUCACCUGGAAGCCCGUAGAAUUACAAGUGCCAGAAAGAGGCCGAUCCCCUACUACCGUCCCAGUCCCUCCGUCAGCAGCCGCUCCUCCAGCCUCUUGUCCUGGCGUCUGUUUACUCUCAGUCGCAGCCGCUCACGGAGUCGCAGGAGUAGUAGCAGUCAGUCGCAGUUUAAUUUUCUUUUGUGUUUUGUGUAG